CGGAAUCUUUUGGUAAACUUGAAGUCUUGGUCUAUAAAACAACCAGAAGAACGUACAUUCGACAAUAAUCAAUGGAGGAAAAUUCGAAUAGAACAAACAGCAUUCACGGUCGAAUGUCGACAUGAAAUAAUGGACCAAAUAAUUAGAUAAUUUAAGCACAAUUAGCAGGUUCAAAACCGACCUCUCACCCAACAGGGAAACGGAAGAAGAAGAAGAUGGGGAAGCUUGGAUGCAACAUUGAUGGGAAUCUGGAUGACACAAAGUUCAGCCAGCCAAUGCCAUGGAUUGGCCUCUACGUUGCAGCAGCGUCCCUGGCCUUCCUCAUCGCCAUGGCCGCAGAUGUCAUCCAAGGGAUCCGCUAUCGAAAGUUCUGGUUCCCCUGCAAGUUCUCCUCUCUAAAUGCUACUUCCCUCACCUUGUUAGCUGUGGCAAUUAAACUCUCGGUGGAUUUAAAUACCUCGAUGCCUAGCCGGCAGGAUCAGCUUGCAAAACUCAGCAACACUGUCUUCAUCUGCACGGUAAUGAGUAAUUCUAUGCCUUCCCUUGGCACCAUGGAGAACAAGGAAAUGUUCACCAACAUUUUGGCAUUAGGAAUACUUGUUAUCACUGUUAUUGUGAAUAUUUGCAUCCAACUAGCCACCGGAGUAAUCUAUGUUUUCUGGAAAGAACAUGCUUUAAUCCUGUUUAUCAUGCUUGUUUUGCUUCUUCUCUUGAGUUUUUCUGCCUUGACUGUUCCAAACACUAAGCAGUAUUUGGAGCUCAAGUACACUAAAAAGCACCAAUUAGCUCUCAAAGAAGGCUUGAAUCAAACCAGGAAACCGGUUGUUGACAAACUUAGAGAAGAUCUCAUGAAGUAUUGGAUGAUGGCUCACACGGGCAAUCCACAAUUUGUGGUUGGGCGUUCAGUGACAUGCACAGCUUCUGGAGCAUUCUGUCUUCUGAGCCUCGCAACUUUAGCACAAGCCAUGGUUAGAUCCCAAUUUAUGCCAUGGUCUUUUAAAUUUUGCAGUGGAGAGUCUGUUUAUAAGUGGUCCACCACUUUAGUUCUUGCUACUCAGACAAUUGCUGCAGGAGUUGGUAGUAUUGGCCCAGCAUGUAGAUGGUUCAUCGCCAUCAAUUUUUCUCGCCCUAAAAGAGGAAAUCAAACUGGCAGAAACGAGUUUAAAGUAGAGAACUACUGGAUCCAGAGCUUAGUAGAGAUGAAAGAGAGCCCAUUAACUUUCUUACCUUUUCAUAACAAGCUCUGCAGGAAACUUGCUCAUGAUGCCAAAGAUUAUUUCUUAAACUUGUGUAUCGGAGUGCAGAUUGGACUCGUCUUAAUGAGCAAGGGGAUUCGCCUCAUUUCCACUUUAUUUGUAAGCCGGAUCUUGUACUGCUACGACUGCUGCCGAGGUUUGAAGAAGUUGAUAUUCAAGAGUGUUUCAAACACUGAAUCAGUUUCAGAUUCACAGCCUUACUCAAAGCUGGAUCUUAGCCGCUUUGUUUUGGAUCUUGAAGGCGAGGAUGCAUUGGUUGAGAAGAUGAAGAAAUGCAAUUGGGACCCUACCGAUUAUUGGUUUCAGAUGGGGGAAAAGAGACGACCAAAAUACCUCAUAACACUAUUGAAGAGAUCUACACAUGGAUUCAAGGGAGUGGUGGAGUUUGACAGUAACCGAAUUCCUUCUUUAGAAUCUGAAGAACCGCCAAACUGUUGGGCUCUUCCUGUGGUGACACUAACAUGUAUUGCAGUAACACUUCCAAACAUCGGACCUACAUUAAUUGAAGAAUUACUAUGUAGUGUGAACGAAGGUUUGACGUAUAUAAGACUCUUAGAAAACAACCUGGACACAAUAAAAGAAUUGCUCAACAUCAGGAGGGCAGCAGAGGGGGUGUGGGUACGAGUGGAACUCUACCGCAAGUGGCUGGAUGUUGAUCUCCAUAAACUGUCCCUUCAAGGAAAAACCCAACAGGAAAUACUUCAAAAACUCUCAGAUAAUGCAAAGAACAAGCUCUUGGAGUUCCACAGGAAUCACACGCCGCAAUGUUUGAAACACGGUCCUUUGAAAUGGCCAAUCAAGAUAUUGGCUGCCAAUUCCAUGUAUAGGAUAACUCAAAGUAUGCUGCUAACGAGACAAAGCGGAAAUGCCCAGAUGGGUGAGAAACUAUUUGAAACAGUAGCUGUCAUGAUCUCUGAUAUACUGGGUGCUUGCCUCACUAACAUGCAACGUUUUAUAUCCAUGAAGUGUUUGAGCAGCGCCAUUGAAGAGAGGGAAGACAGCGUGAGACAUGCAAUUGACAUUCUUGGUAAAGCCGAAAAGAUUCUGAAAUUUCAAGAACAUGGAGAAUCUCCCGGAUUAGAUCCCUGUCAAAUGGCAAGCAUUGACGAAUGGCGUUUAUUUUACAUGCAAAAGCCCUUGCCUUUCAAUCCUUCUCCGUCACAGAUUGAGACAGCUUCUUCCAGUUCAAGUGACUUGUAUCUAAUCAUUGACUAGAAUCAGCAAGCGUGGAUCUGAAAAACAGAGACAACUUGUGAUUUUCAUGUUAGUGCAAAGCUUCUACUCCAGGAAAAAAUGGCUUCUGCUUCUUUGACGAAGAUUGUCAUGUAAUUACUUGCAACUACUCUCUCUAUGUAAGGAAAGUUUUGUUCUUGAAGUGAAAACGACACCAUGCUGAUGCAUGUCAUGACCUUUUUUCUUUUUCUUUUCCCUUCACUAACGCCCAUAGUAAAUUCCCCCACAUACCAUUUAAAUACUUCAUACCAAAGAUUUUGAAAUAAAGGCUGGGAAACUGAUGUGAUACCUCUAUGGUUUUGAAGAGUGAAGGAGAGACUUGGUCUCUCUUGCAGGCUAUGGAAGCUGGUGGUUUGGUUUCUUAUAGGAAUUCGUCCAGGUUCCCCAUUCUGUCUUGAGAGUCUGAAUCGAUCUUUGGGCUUAAAUUUUGGAAGGAGAAGACCACCGGUAGUUGGCAAGGGACCUUCGUCGCUUUGCCUUCCCAAAAUUCAAUUGGAGUGUCGAGAGUAUUUGUUUAGAUUUCUCGAGUCGACAUUUUCGCCGUUACAGAUAAUUGUAAUGAAUGGUUUGGAGUAAAAAGUCGCUGCUAAAAACUGUCCCUAUGAUUCCAUCUAGUUCAGUCCGAAAUUGUUGGGAGUAGGUUAGAGACUGUAAUCAACACAAAUCUAAUAAAAUACUGUUGCCUUGACCAAUAUCUUUGGGUCCCGAAAGUCUCAAUCCGAGCCA